CUCUCUCUCUCUCUCUUUAUGUGACAGCAUGGCUCAUGCACCCUGACCAACUCAGCUGCCUGGAAGAUCCCUGUUGUGGACUAUAUCCUACCACUGAAUCUUGAAUGCGCUAAAAACCUUUGUGAAUUACGUCUAGGAAGUAGCCUAGUUUGGUUUCCCAAUCUGAAGACAGCGCGUCAGGGCACCAUCUAUACAAUUUCACUUGGUAAACGUCAAGGUUUGACUAUACAAACAGAGCUUUGGUCUUCAUUCACUUGUUGGAAGAUGAGGUGCCAGUGGACAUACGCUGUUGUUUUCAUUCACUCCAACUAACUACAGUGACAACCCGCACUCUGGGAUGGGAAGUGAACACUCAAUGGACUUGAAAUUUGUCUAAUUACUUUCUAUCCUCGUGGAAAACUUACUCGAUAAAUCGCAAGAAAGGAUGUGCUUGAGAUGAACACAUUAUCAGACUGGACUAGACAGCGACCGAAUUAACCGGCUUCUUAGUGUUUCGUCUAAAAAUGUACAUAUAACUGUGACUCUUUGAAGGCUCCAACAUUCCUUGCACUGCGGUCGUAUAAACCUGUCAUUGCAAUUAAAGAAACAUAAUUUAAAAAGAACACAUUCCGCGCGUGGGAUAUUGAAGGAAAACUGACUGGUCGCGCAGUUCGUCACCACCGGAACGCUGUAUCGAAGGAGGCUGCGAUUGAAACUUUCAGAAAUGCCGCAGGUGGAGAUGUUUUAUUUUGUGUUUAUCAGCUUGUUUAUGUCUGUGUCGGGCCUGGAUCCGGCGUCUAAGAUUGUGGCGGAUCGCUUCGCAGUCUACUGGAACCGAACAAACCCAAGGUUCUACCGAGGAGACUACCACAUCGACGUGUGCAUAAACGAUUAUUUGGACGUAUACUGUCCCCACUACAUGGACUCGGUCCCUGAGGAGAAGACGGAGCACUACAUCCUCUUCAUGGUCAACUACGACGGCUACAGUUCUUGUGACCAAACGGCGAAAGGUUUCAAACGCUGGGAGUGCAACCGGCCUCACUCGCCCAACGGGCCCCUGAAGUUUUCCGAGAAGUUUCAGCUUUUCACACCAUUCUCGUUGGGUUUCGAAUUUCGUCCAGGCAGAGAAUAUUACUAUAUCUCAUCUACAGUCAGUGAAAACGGGAGACGGAGCUGCUUGAGGCUGAAAGUUUUCGUCAGACCUUCGAACAACUGCGAGAAAAGUCACGACCGCGUGGACAAGAUCAAUGAUGGAAGCAUUAACUCCAUAGAAAAUAAUAAUGAUGGAACGAGUCAUGAAUCUGCCGAACCUUCCCGAAGUGACGUCAACGGUGCCGGCCGCAUUCAGACUGUAGGGCCUUUGUUGGCCUCAGCGCUGGUUCUUUUGGCUUCGCUGUCCUGCUUAUAGCAUCCCAUAUAUGCACAGUGACACACCUGAAGUAUACAGGAGGACUCGUGAUCGAGCACUUUUAAGGAACAUCUUUCUCUGAGCUGAAAAGUAGUUUCUCGCGCAGGAAGUCGCAACGAUUUGACGAUGUUACUGGAUGGGUUUCAAUGAACAAAAUCUCUAUCCCAUGAAAAAAAAAAUGCUCUUGUACACACAAAUAAAACCCACUAAACUAUGACACGUAUACAAAAAUAGGUCUGUGUCCUCAGUGCCCUUAUGUAACGUCGGAGAGGGCCUUGUAAUUGGGGGCAGAGGAAGAAAAUGACUUUUUCACAAAGACCUCUUUCUGUGUUGCCGUCCAGAAAAGAGAAGUCUUAUAACAGAUCAAGAGGACUAUCUGUGGGAUCUCUCCACUUGCACUGUGGGUAAACGUCAUCACUAUGGACUCGACUGCUGACUCUACUAGAUAUCAUGGCAAAUUGUUGCCUGAUAGGAGCCCUUAUAAAAGGGAGAGCAUGGAGCGUUUUAAUAUCUAACCCAGAGUAGUCCACGUUGACUCAGGUGCUCAGGUGAACGGUGACGUUUUUGAAGAGUUUUCGUAGAUAAAAGAAAAAGAUAAGCACUCUUUUUGUACAUUGUGUACAGGUGAACAUGGGACUGAAACGCAGAUAUGGUGUUCUUGAAGUAAAAUGCUCUUGUGUAGCUGCCAAAAUCGAUGUUUUGUUAGGAGUACGGAGCCUCACUGAUCAAUCGUUUGAGUGAAUAUACUAAUUUGUUUGGUGAAUCAUACUUUUCUUAUUUAUUGUUCAGUCUUAGUGCUCUUGACACUUGUUGUGCUAGUCAUCAGCCAGAAUUCAGGAGAAAGGAAUACAAAAAAUGCCUAGCUUCAGUCAACUUACCUUGAUUUAUACAAAUAACAACCGCAUUGCAGAGUAACUUUUAACGAGUCAACUCUUGAAAUGAUAUCAGGGGGGAAAAAAAACAGUUGUAGGUCUACACAUCAUGUCCGUCAGGGGUCACGUCACUCCUUAAAGGGGUCCAUUGUUAUGGAUGGGCGGGAGGGGGAAAUGGCUUGCAUUAGUUUUGUAAAUGCUUCCUGUCUUUUUACCCUAGAGGAAUCAAAAUGAACCGCAUUAACAUUUUAAUCCAAUCAACAUUUCGAGCUCAUACCUUUUCCGAUUGAAUUAAUUAUGUAAAAACUGUUUUCAAAGAUUCCUUUUUGAAAGUAAUUCAGUUCUUUUCUUAUAUCCUCACAUGGACUUAUCUUUUAUCAAAGUGCAUUUCAACCAUGCUGUUUUGUAUUUAUUUACUUUUUCAGGACGGAGCUGUGCGCUCUAAAAGCUCAUCUGGGAUCUACUGAAACAGUAGCGGUGCGUCGCUUCCACCCCGGUGGCAGCUGACACCCUAACGUGAUUUAAUAGGCUCUUUGAUGUUGUCCAAAGUGCCUGGCACGCAGACCACAUACUGCGAUGCCUCAUGUGGGUUAUUUCUGGAAUUAAAAAAUCGACAGCAGCACAGGAGGAGCGCGGUGUCCAGUUUAGCCAUGGGGCUAGCGUUACUCUUGUGAACUUGGCCAGAGAGGGAGAAAGAUGAGAUCUCCUGCUGGGAUCAAUAGUAAUGGCCUUUACUGACACAAAAAACAGGGUAAAUAUUUGCCCUAGUCCCUGUUCUCCUUGCUCGAAUGGUUUCCAUGUUUUUUCAUUCACAUCUACGUGUCGACAGUUGGGUAAGCCUCAUAAUACAAUGUUUUUACUACGAUAUACGGCUAUUUUUCGGUAGGCUAGCUUCUAUGGUUCUUUUACACUGGUUAUACAGGAGCACAUGGGUCCUAUGGAUGCUAUGUAUCCGUACGUUGUCUAGCAUCAUAUCAUAUAUAGUGAUGUGAUAAAUGAAAUGAGACAUUUAAGAAUAUUCCAGUAAAAAAGAAACAUAAUAUCAUACACACUUUUUAAAUACAUUUUCAGUCAGAAUACUUUUUUAUUUCAUUUAAACAGUUAAACCGUUCAAUAUUCAUGAAGACAACUAGGAAUGUGUGCUGGUCCAUCUUCAAAAGCACCACUGUACUAUCAUUAAAUCAUAUGCUUCAAAACCCAUCUACAUUUUUUAAAAAUCCCCUGUGUCUGCAAUGCUCUGAUUGCAAUGAUCUUUUCUGCACCACAAAAUGCUGUCAUCAAUUUAUUGUCAUGGGAACCAACCUAGAAGGACAUUUUUAGUACAUUAUUUUCAUAUAACUCCUGCAGUGUCUGUUUUUGUCCAUAUGAAGUCUAUUUCAUUGAACUUCCUGCAUGUUUCACCACAAGGCAGUCAUGUGCUUGUAUUCUCUCAUCGUUUUUAUCCCAGAAAAUAUUUCUUCAGUGUUAAACAUCAUUUCCUAAUUCACCUGCUUCUUCAUACAGAUGUGAAGACCAUGAUAUCUAAACCACCAUUUCCCUCAGCUUCUUGGCUGUGUUGCCUGAAUAUUAAACAUUUGCUGUGACGUCUCUUGACGGUACAGUGCUGACUUGCAUUAUGAUAUGACACGUUUUUAUAUCUUUUAAUGCCAUUGUUUGUAAAUACACUUGCUGGAGCAGCUCAAAUAAAUGAUUAAAUAAAUUUGUCAUUGUUGUAAGAAUCA